AUGGAGGAGCCUCCAGCCAGGGAGCAGUCGGGGCAUCGAGGGCCACUGUACAACAGGCGGAUCGUGGCUUUCCUGGAAGCUCAGCUGGAGAAAGUGCGGGGCGUGGAGGCACCCGCAACUGCUGCGAAAAAGGAUGUGGCCAGCUUCAACCUUGCCGUGGAAAAGGGGAAAAGGCUCGUUGCCAAGCACGGCGCCGUCUUCGACGUGAGGGACUAUUACUCGAUCAGGGAGGCGUGCGCAGCAGUGGAGGAGAUCUGUGGGUGCCUGAAAGAGGUGCUUGGGUGUUGGGACAAGGAGACUGCUACAGGUAUCAAGGACGCUGUGCCUACGAAGGACGUGGAGGCGGACGAGGAUCUGCUUCGGAGGUUCCUUGAGUACGUACUGAAAGAUGGCGAGUGCAUUGUUGAAGGCGAAAUGGCACAUCGUUGGAUGUGCAGCAAGAAACGCCAUGAGGAAAACAUGAGGUUGUUGCACAUCGUGGAUGAAGGCACCAUCAGGCUUGGGAAAAAGUUGGGUAAAGGCGGCCAGGGUGCAGUGUACAAAGCAGUGUGGCAGUGCACCAAGGUGGCCGUAAAGACGUCGCUCCACGGAAUCGGUGAUGACAUACCUAUUGAGGAGUUGGCUGAGCUGCUCAAGGAGGUCAUGCUGCAUGCCACCCUCAGAUUCCACCCCCACAUUGUUCAGCUCCUGGCUACCACCAUAUCAGGCUGGAUUGUAAUGGAACUGGCACGGUCUGACCUACAUGCUCUCUGCCACUCUGGAGAGGUACUGGCCUGGGGAGUGAAGAAAGGGCUGCUCUUGCAAGGCGCUGCAGGUCUGGCAUACAUACAUGCUCAGAAUCGGGUACAUGGAGAUGUAAAGUCUGAGAAUUUCCUUAUUUUUGGAACCCGUCCAGAAGAAUACCAAGUGAAAGUAAGCGACUUUGGAAUGGGUUUUGAAGCUGCGCUGUCAAGGAGCAAGACAGUGAGGAUGGGUGGGGGAACACCGCAGUGGAUUGCCCCUGAGGUUUACAACAACAAGCCCAUCACCCAGGCUUCGGAUGUCUGCAGCUUCGGUGCUGUUUGCUAUGAGGUCAUCAGCCAGAAACACCUAUAUGACAGGGCCAAUCCUUAUGCUAUCAUGGCAAUGAAACUGCGUGGAGAAGAGCCUUGCCAGGUGGAUCCAAAUGAUUGUCCCCCACAAAUGCUGGAGUUAAUGAGGCACUGCUGCGCUCUUGACCCAGCAAUGAGGCCAACGAUGGUGGAGGUCAGCAGGAACUUGCUGCAGCUGCCUGCAGAGUGGCGUGGCAUGGAUGGCAAUGCAGAAGAGGUGGCAGCAUCACCUUCGAUAGGGUUGCUGUCACAGUCUUCAAGGUUGCAACCCCAGACAGCUGCAAGGCAAAUUUCCUGGGAAAGGCUAUCACGUGGAUGCACCAAUGAUGAUACCAGUGUGGCUGCUGCUGAGGCGCAGAUUCUCAGACAAGCACUGCUAGAAGGCUAUGUUGAUCAGAAUGGGGAGACGCCACUUCACUAUGCAUCGAAAGGUGAUAACAAGGCUGCUGUUGAGUUCUUCCUGCAGAACGGCGCGGAUGUCCAUUGCACCAAAAAGAAUGGGAGUACACCGCUUCACGCUGCAUCACGUUUUUCCAACAAGGAUAUUGUGGAGUGCCUCUUACAGCAUGGCGCAGAUGUGCGCUGCACCACAAAGAAUGGGGAGACACCACUUCACUAUGCAUUGAAAGGUGGUAACAAGGCUGUUGUUGAGUUCCUCCUGCAGAACGGCGCGGAUGUUCAUUGCCCCACAAAGAAUGGGAUUACACCGCUUCAUGUUUCAUCAUAUUUUUCCAACAAGGACGUUGUGGAAUGCCUCUUACAGCAUGGCGCAGAUGUGCACUGCACCACAAAGGGUGGGCAGACACCACUGCACAGUGCAUCGAGAAGUGGCAACAAGUUUGUUGUUGAGUUUCUCCUGCAGAACGGUGCAGAUAUCCACUGCACCACAAAGAAUGGAUGGACUCCUCUCUAUUUUGCAUCGCGAUUUGCCAGCAAAGAUGUUGUCGAGGUCCUCCUUCUGCAUGGCGCGGAUGUGGGUUGCACCACGAAGAAAAGAUAUACACCGCUUCAUGGUGCAUCCGGAUUUUCCAGCCAGGAUUCUGUGGAGUACCUCCUACAGCAUGGCGCGGAUGUGGGCUGCACCGCAGAGAAUGGGGAGACACCACUUCACUGUGCAUCAGUGGCUGGCAACAAGGCUGUUGUUGAGUUCCUCCUGCAGAACGGCGCGGACGUCCAUUGCACCACGAAGGCGAGUGGCAUAUGA